UCUUGUAGUGGCUGAGUAGCUUUAGCUGCUUGCAAAACCUCUCCCUCUCCUUCCUUCCUCUCUCUCUCUCUCUUAUCCUUCUAAUAUAUUGACCACAAAUAUUUCAUCUCUCCAAUUCAAAGUUAUUCCAAAACCAAAGGAAAAAAAAAGAAGAAAGAGAAGAAGAAAUGGCCAAAUCUACAGCAAGACCUAAAUUACUCUUACUAUUCUUCACAUUAAUCUUUGCAGCAUAUGUUUUACAAGGAUCCAGAACCCAAGUAGCAGCAGCACUUCCACACCAGCUAAGGGUCUAUGAUUCUUCUCCACCACAAGAAGAACAACAACUUAAGCAGAGCAGGAAGGAAACCAUGAACUACGCAAGGAGAUUGAUGAUUGGAUCCACAGCACCAACAUGCACUUAUAAUGAGUGCAGAGGGUGCAAGUUCAAGUGCAGAGCAGAGCAAGUGCCAGUGGAGGGAAACGACCCAAUUAAUAGUGCCUACCACUACAGAUGUGUGUGUCAUAGGUAUGGCCAGAAUUAAGUUAGUGGGGGGAGGGGGGUGUCUUAAUUUGGAUGUUGUAGUGUAUGCUCUGAAUUUUUCAAUGAUGAAAAGGCUCAUGAAUUUUUGUUAA